AUAAAUGCUUGUUGUUUAUAUUUUGUCUGACAAUUUUAUUUUAAAAUGUUUUAAAUUUGAUUAAAAAAAUAAGACCCGAUGGCUAACACAAGUUUAAUGUCCCCGAUUAUGUGCCGUGUUUGCAUGAAGUCUGAUUGUCCCUUGUUUUCACCGUACGAACCUUCCCCAGGCGGAUAUUUACCUUUUGAUUUGAUAGCUUCUUUAGCGCAAGUUGAGAUCACCAAAGAUGACGAGCUUCCACAACUAAUUUGCAGCAGCUGCUUGAAUGACUUGGAGAUUACGAAUAAACUGAUAACAACCUGCAAAGCUUCUGAUUCUCUUUUGAGGCAACGGCUUUCUGCGGAUAAAGGCAUGUUUUCACCACACGAAUACCACGUGAUUGAAGCAAUUAACGAAGUAGAAGUAAUAAAUGAAUCUGAGGAAAGUGACGAUGCUGUGUCCGUACCGGAUGCUCCUAUAGAGCUGCUGGACAUUGAUGAUAUCAUCGAGGAAGAAACGUUCGAUUCUGAUGAGCCGAUCAUUCAAGACGAUAUCAACACUUCCUUCCACGUGGACGACCUGAUAUUAACCGACCCGGUGGUUCAAACCUUCGAUGGUCAUCGUACGCAAUGCUGCGGCUGUGCGGAGAAGUUCGAUUCCAGCGAGCAACUGGAGCUCCAUUCAAAUGAAUGCCACCUUCCGGAACGUGCAAUAUCCGGUCCCGCGCCGGUUGGUUUGAUCGAGUGCACCAUCUGCUACCAACUGUUUUCCGGCACUUCGUACCUGGACUCCCGGCAUCAGCUUCCGGCGUUUCGGGAUCGCCUCGUGUCCGCCGAGUUUCCCGAAGUCGUUCAAUGCUGCUCGUGCGAAACACUUGGCUCCGGAUCGGAAGAAAUGCGGCAGCAUUCGUCGCUGCACUUGGACGAGAAGGUGCCGGAUGAUCCGAUGAAACCGUUCGAGUGCGAGUUUUGCUUCAAGCGGUUCAAUUUGCAGACGCGUUUGGUUGUUCAUCAAAGAUUUAGCUUCAGUUAUAAAAAGUUUGUAAAGGCGAAGAGACGCGGUUGUGCGGCGACCAAGAAACGGAACGAGAUCGAGCGGAAAACGGCGGGUCGAAAGUGCUGCGGAUGUUCGGCCAAGUUUCCGUCGGAAGAUUCGCUCAAGCAGCACUCGCAGAUGCACCACGAGCUUUAUCGCCGGAAUCAGCCGGACCGGUACAAUCCGUUCGAGUGUGAGAUUUGUUUCAGGCAAUUUCCGACGGCGGCGCGGCUUGAGCACCACAAAAUGGUUCCGUACGCUCGCGUCCAUCAGUGUAAGCUGUGUGAGCGGAGUUUCGUCUCGGCGCUGCUCUUGGCCAAGCAUGUGCAGAGCCACAGCCGGAAGCCGGGAGAGGGAGAAAGGGUUCAGGAGAGAUCCGGUGCGGAAGUUCAGUGCGACGAGUGCGGACAAAUGUUGAAGAAUAAACACUACCUCAAACGACACCGGAAGUGUCAGCACUCCCAGGAGAAGGUGUUUAGCUGCAGCAUCUGCCACCGGAAUUUCAAGUGGAAGCACACGCUCUCGGUUCACCUGAGAGUUCACACAAACGAGCGACCGUUUAGCUGUUCGUACUGCGAGCGGAAAUUUGCCCACCUUACGGACAAGAAUCGGCACGAGCUAACCCACAGCGGCCAGUUUCCGUUGCGAUGUUCCGUGUGCGACAAGGGGUUUCCAGCUGGGCGGCGAAAGCAGCUUGACAAGCACAUGCAGCUGCACGAAGCCGGCGAGGAUUACCCGCUGCGGUGCCGGUUCUGCGAUCGAACGUUUACGAAACUGUUCCAGCGCGACCGCCAUCAGGCCACCCACGUGGCAAGUGAGACGGAAUAAAACGAUUUUUGUUUGGAGGAAUUCA